GGAGGAGGGAGAGGGCUCGGCAGCUGCAGUGCUCAUCCCCCCGUACACGGCGAGCAUCCCCCGGAAUGCUGGGGAGCCCGGGGUCCCUGAGCGCGCCCCUGAGCUGAGCCCCGGGCCCCCCGGAGCCCCGUCUUCACAGCUUGUGUGCAGGGGCCGCGGUACGUGCAUGUCCACGGGGGGCAGAUUUAACUUUGACGAUGGGGGGUCUUACUGCGGCGGCUGGCAGGACGGCAAGGCGCACGGGCACGGCAUCUGCACGGGUCCCAGGGGCCAGGGCGAGUACACGGGCUCCUGGAGCCACGGCUUCGAGGUGCUGGGCGUCUACACCUGGCCCAGCGGCAACACCUACCAGGGCACCUGGGCGCAGGGCAAGCGCCAUGGCAUCGGCGUGGAGAGCAAGGGCAAGUGGGUGUACCGGGGCGAGUGGACCAACGGCUUCAAGGGGCGCUACGGGGUGCGGGAGAGCGCGGGCACCGGCGCCAAGUACGAGGGCACCUGGACCAACGGGCUGCAGGAUGGCUACGGCACCGAGACCUACUCCGACGGAGGUACUUACCAAGGUCAGUGGGCGGCAGGAAUACGCCAGGGCUAUGGAGUGCGCCAGAGCGUCCCAUAUGGAAUGGCUGCCGUUAUCCGCUCCCCCCUUCGGACCUCUAUAAACUCCCUCCGCAGCGAGCACACCAACGGGACGGCAAUGCAUCCGGAUGCCUCCUGCGGGGUGGCGGGCAGCCCGGCUGUCUCUCGAGGGGGCUUUGUGUUGAUGGCCCACAGUGACGCUGAGAUGUUAAAGAACAAGAAGAAGGGAAUCUUCAGGAGGUCCAUCCUCAGUGGCCUGAAGCUGCGCAAGUCCGAAUCAAAGAGCUCCCUCGCCAGCCAGCGGAGCAAACAGAGCUCGUUCCGCAGCGAAGCCGGCAUGAGCACCGUGAGCUCCACCGCAAGCGACAUCAACUCCACCAUCAGCCUGGGCGAGGGCGAGACGGAGCUCUCAGUCAUCGAGGAUGACAUCGACGCCACCACCACCGAGGUCUACAUGGGGGAAUGGAAGCACGACAAGCGCUCGGGUUUUGGCGUAAGUCAGCGCUCGGACGGUCUGAAGUACGAGGGGGAGUGGGCCAAUAAUAAGAGGCACGGGUACGGGUGCAUGACUUUUCCUGAUGGGACGAAGGAGGAAGGGAAAUACAAGCAAAAUGUCCUGGUGAGCGGCAAGAGGAAGAACCUGAUCCCUCUCAGAGCCAGCAAGAUCCGGGAGAAGGUGGACCGGGCCGUGGAGCAAGCCGAGAGGGCCAGUAACAUUGCCAAGCAGAAGGCCGAGAUCGCAGCCUCCAGGACGUCACAUUCCAGGGUGAAGGCUGAUGCAGCUGCCGCAGCGGCUCUCAAGGCGCAGGAGGAAGCGCAGAUCGCCAGGAUUGCUGCCAAAGAGUUCUCUCCAUCCUUCCAGCACCGGCAAAAUGGGCUAAAGUGCCAGAGGCCAAAGCACCAGAACUCAUGUGAUGACAUUGAGGUCAUCUCAACGGAGACGCCACCACAGGACAGCCCAGAACUGUACCGGAAAGGGACGACGCCGUCAGACGUGACACCAGACGACAGCCCCAUGAGAAGCCCCCUCUGCAGCCCGCCGUCCACCCCGCCCCCACCGCAGCCAGCACCCAAGUCUAGGAAUAAGAGCGCCCACUUUUCUAGACAGUUGUCCGUGGACGAGGACCGGGGAGUGGACAUUCAGAUGCUGCUGGAGGGACGGGCCGGGGACUAUGUGAGGCCCACCAGCUGGGUUGAGGUCGGUGGGAGCAGGGUCGGGAUGUCUGCAGGGAGCCCGCUGGGCCCUUGUUCCAUCCCUGAAGACCUCAUGAUGAAGAGCACCGGCCACAAACACGUGGUCUCCAACCACAAGCCAAGAGAGCGGUGGGCCGACUCCCCGACCACCGUCUCGUGGACUUCCCAUAGGACCCACAACCACAGUCCCGGUGAGAACAAGCUCCUGGAGGUGGACGAGGAAAAGCUCAGCAACUACGAGAUGGAGAUGAAGCCGCUGAAGAGGAUGGAUUCUUAUAUGCAAGAGAUUCACACCCAAAAAAGACAUUACAGCAAAGCCGGGCCCCGGAUCCCAGUCGAGGGCCACCACCUAGAGGACCGCAUGUAUGGAGUCCAGAGACUGAGGUCCAAACCUCAGAACAAGGAGAACUUGAGGCCACCAGCCUCCGCCGAGCCCGCCGUGCAGAAACUGGACACCUUGCGGUUUGGAGAGAAAGGGGAGUCGCGUCUCCUGAGGCGAGACUUAACCCUUUCCCCGCCACAGAAAUCUUUACCUGUUGCACUAGAAUCUGACGAGGAGAAUACAACGGAGCUCAAACCCACGGGCUCUGCCCCCAUCCUGGUCGUCAUGGUGAUUUUGCUAAACAUCGGAGUCGCCAUUUUGUUUAUUCACUUUUUCAUUUGACGGAAAUUGCUCCAAUGUUUGCAAAAAAUAAAUAAAAAAAAAAGAAUAAAACAAUGAAACGUCAAAACUAAAAAACAAACAAACAAACCCGGAACAAUGGCCGCUGCUUGUGGAGCCCGGAAUGGAAUGUAGCUCCGUCAUCGGCUGAUUUUCUGAUUGAGCCUCUGCGUUUAAUAUUCUUUAUUUUAACGAGAAGUUUUUUCUUUUGUUUCUUCCAAAGGAACAAUACUUCAGUUUCGAUCACAGUUUGCCUUUCCCCUCCCCCAUGGGUAAUGUUUUUUGUUUUUUUUAGGGGAGGGUAAUAUUUUUUCCUUGCUUGUUUGGCAUGAGAGAAUGCAAAAGUUAAUGACAUUUUGUACCCGUCCGUCCCCCAUCCCCCGACAGUUGCGUUAAAGACUUGCCCCUGACUCCGCCCCUUCAGGUAGAAGGAGCCAUUUAUGGUCAGAGGAUCUCCUUACGCUGCCCCCUCUGCCUGGAAAUGGUUCGGACCCAGUUGGAUUGCAAGGACUGUGCCACCCGUCCUAUGUCCUGAUCUUCCUCGGUUUUCCUUUUGGGGAUUACUCUUUACUUUGCAGCUGUUGUCAUUUUACCAAGUGCCGAGAUCAGCUAAAUGUUUGCCCGAUUCACCAUUUAUUAGGUUCCAUUGGGAAAACCCACCUGCUGAUUUUGUUUCAAAAAAUUGUCAGAUUGGUUCUUCCAUUGUACUUCUAGAAAUCGGGCAAGAAAUGUGUGUUCCUUUAUAUGGAAGCGCGGGGCAGACAUUUUACUGGACUGAUGGGCUCUGGACACUGCCCCCGAUUUAUCUCCUAUAAACUCAUCUGAUCAACGUUUGUCAACUUGGAAAUUAAUUGAAACAUUUUAUUUUAAAAGGGUUUUCCUGUCCCAUAAUGAAUAGAAAAUAUAAAAAAUCUGCCCAGAGGAGUCCAAACCCUGCAUUUUUUUGCCCCUUGCACCUGUUUUUCACUGUGUCCUGGCAGGAGGUUUACAAACAGAACUUCCUGCCGGAUUUACUCACCAAUCCCAGCAUGGAGAAGGGAGGUAGAGGGGGAGCAGUAUGGCAGAAUGCAAGCUGGGAUUGGUCAGAAAACCGAAAGGAACAGGAAGUUCUGCAGGUAAGGGAACAGGAAGUUCUGCAGGUAAGGGCACUUUCACAC